CUUCACACGAGCGCAAUCAUGUCUACGUCAACGGCGCAAAGCGAAAUACCAAGUGAAGAUCUUCAAACCGCAUUGCAGAUUCUCGCUGAAGUACCUUUGAUAGACGGACACAACGAUUGGCCAUGCAAUAUCCGCGGCUGGUUCGGCAACAAUGUUAGGCAUGAAGAUUUCAAUCUGAACUCUGUCCCCAUCGGUCAGACUGACCUUGAGCGGCUGGGCCGCGGACGCGUCGGCGGCCAGUUCUGGAGCGCAUUCGUUUCCUGUCCACCUUCCGAGCCGGGACAUGAACCUCAGGAUGGGGCAUAUCUCGAAUCGAUGAGGAAAACUCUGCAACAGAUCGAUCUGAUAUAUCUGAUGAUUGAGAUGUACCCGACGCGCUUCGCUCUCGCAAGGAACUCCGCCGACGUAUUAGAGGUAUUUAGGAGCGGCCGAAUAGCCUGCAUGAUUGGACUUGAAGGCUUGCAUCAGAUUGGCAACAGCUUUAGUUGCUUGAGGCUGUAUCGCUCCCUCGGGGUCCGCUAUAUCACCCUUACCCACAACUGCAACAACCUCUAUGCUGAUUCGGCUACGGCACCUGUCCUUCACGGCGGACUUUCGGAACGGGGUAGGAGGGCGGUGCAAGAGAUGAACCGAACAGGACUCAUAGUUGAUUUAUCCCACACAAGCGAUGCUGUUCAAAAAGAGGUCCUCAGCCUCAGCCGCGCUCCCGUGAUAUUUUCCCACUCAUCUUGUUAUUCAGUGUGCCCACACCGCCGAAAUGUUUCAGACAGCGUUCUCGACCAGCUCAAGCAAAACGGUGGUGUCAUCAUGAUCUGCUUCUUGCGAGAGUUGGUUGCCCCACCCAAUGGCGGAGACCCAAGCUUGAGCGACGUCGUGGAUCAUAUUAUAUACGCCGGAGAGAGGAUCGGCUACGAACACGUCGGCAUAGGCUCCGACUUUGAUGGGAUGCUCAAAGGACCAGAUGGCCUGGACGAGGUUUCCCAGUACCCUCAGCUUGUCUCCGCGCUCGUAACGAGAGGUGUCUCCACACAAGAUAUUAAGAGAGUAAUUGGAUUGAACAUUCUUCGGGUGCUAGACCAGGUCGAUGCUGUGUCCAGUACGAUAAGACUUAACAACAGUCAACUUCCGGAAUGUGAUAGCUUCCCGAGUUCCUGGACAGCUGAGGAACGCAACAUGAUGUAUCAAGAAGGACUUCGGAGGCAAGAAACUGCCGGGAAGAAGUAGUCAAACAAAUAGCAAGCAAUGCUAAUUACCUUAAAAGUAAUGUUCAUUGAAGGGCAAUGGCUUUGCUAGGAUAAACUGAGCCAGAUUGAUGCACUGUGGUCGGCGUUUUCGGCUUGUGACUGGCUUUGGAUUCCGGCGGCGGAUGCGAAGUAAUUGACUGUGGAAGCAACUGAGGCUCUUAAAAGUAUAGCGUGCUCUUCCACGCGCCGGAUUGGGUACCAGUACAUGACCAUCGCCUUAACAUCUUAAGAAGCUAACUC